AUGGCAUUUAGCUUCGGAUUUGCUGGUGAUGACAUCGACAUUGAUGAUUCUGAGAAUGACAGCGGUAUUCCUGAUGUUGUCGUCCACAACGGCUCGGCCAAGCCUCUUCCUGAAUUGGUUAAGGCUAGUCAACAUGAUAUGAACGAGUUGCUGUCUCUUCUUCCAUCUCAAAUCUUUUACAAUCGUCUCCCUAUCAGCGAGACACCCAUUGUUAUUGCGCGCCGAGAAAUCAUCGAUAUCCGCACCCAAUUAAUGGCUGAAGACAGCGCAGAACACGAUAAUGCAGAGCUGAUCGCUGGUCUGGAAGAGGGUGACCUUAAGCCUCACUUCUACGAAGGUGGUUUCAAAACCUGGGAAUGUGCCUUGGACCUUGCCAAGCUGGUUGCCAGUGAAAGUGCGAUUGCAGAGUCAUUGGGCAACUUGCAGACUAACGUUCACAUCAUCGAGCUCGGUGCAGGCACUGCAGUCCCCUCACUGGCUUUAUUCGCCCAUAUCCUCGGCCAAACAGAGUCCGCGGGAGAUGCCCCGCAGCGCAAAGCGCAUUUCACUUUUGCCGAUUACAAUGACGCAGUUCUGCGUCUUGUCACGCUUCCCAAUCUGCUUUUGACUUGGUGGAACUGCCGAUCGCUUGCCACGUCAGAAGCUGUUGAGGAGGUGACCCCGGAAGAGGAAUUGGACAUUACGCCGGAGCUAGUAGAUGAUUUCAAGAAUGACUUGGCGCGCCGCGGAAUCUCUAUUGACUUCAUUUCAGGUGCCUGGUCGCCCAAAUUCGUCGACUUUGUCUUCUCCACUCGCUACGGGGGCGACUAUAAAACGUUGGUCAUGGCCAGUGAGACUAUCUACUCGCCGGCGUCAUUGACCGCUUUCUCGGAGACGCUCUUGGAGCUGCUGCGUCGUUCCAACAUAGAUUCCGCGAGAAGCCGGGCGUUGAUUGCUGCGAAAAAAGUCUACUUUGGUGUCGGAGGUGGAGUGGAUGAGUUCCUCGCGGUGUUGCAGAAUGUGGGCGCCGAUGAGCUGGAGGUGCAGCACAAAAUGGAUGUCCAGUCGGAAGGUGUUGGCAGGGUCGUAUUGGAGAUCUCGCCUGCUGCCAAAUAA